CGGUGUCCUUCCGCUGGAAUCUAGGUCGCAUUUUCAUACAGACCACCGAACACGGCUCUCUCUGGUAACUGAAUAGCCAGUGUAAUCUGACACUUCAACUUGCCGUGCUCCACGGUAGUUGAUUCAGUCAGUCAGUCACACCGUCUCCGGGCUCUCACGUCGUCUUUGUGAAGUGGAGAGACUAGAGCGAGAGAGAGGAGCACCGUAAACACGAGGUUUGGCGAAACAAUACGCGGAUUUUCCUCUGAGGUCCGAGCUAAAAAUCACCGCUUAAAGGAGGGGUCAGUGAAGGACCGUGCGUGAGGAAUACAUGAAGGGUGGGGUGGGAGAGGGGGCGGCCACCACAGCGGCAGUACCACCAAGGUCAAAGUUCACACAGAGUACAGAACCUUUAAUGGCGUUCCGGUAGAGACAUCAAGAUGAACACGUUACCAUCAAUGGACCGGCACAUCCAGCAGACCAAUGACAGGCUGCAGUGCAUCAAACAGCACUUACAGAACCCGGCCAACUUCCACUCAGCGGCCACAGAGCUGCUUGACUGGUGUGGAGAUCCCCGGGCCUUCCAGCGACCAUUCGAGCAAAGUCUCAUGGGAUGUCUGACGGUGGUGAGUCGCGUUGCUGCUCAGCAGGGGUUUGACUUGGACCUAGGGUACAGGUUGCUGGCUGUGUGUGCGGCCAACAGGGACAAAUUCACUCCCAAGUCUGCAGAAACCAGCACCUGCAGGAGAUGUCAGAGUGACUCAGCCCUGCUGUCGUCGUGGUGCGAGGAGCUGGGUCGUCUCCUCCUGCUGCGUCACCAGAAGAGCAGGCAGAACGAACCACAGGGAAAAGUCCCCAUGCAGCCCAGCAUGAACAGCAUGAAGCCCGGCCUCACACACAGUGAUGGAUCAUUUCCCUACGACUCUGUCCCCUGGCAACAAAACUCCAACCAGCCCCCUGGGUCAUUGUCUGUGGUUACAACAGUGUGGGGCGUGACCAAUACAUCACAGAGUCAGGUGCUGGGUAACCCAAUGGUGAAUAGCAAUAACCCCAUGAAUCCUGGAGGUAACCCUAUGGGAUCGGGUCUGUCUGCCAGUGCAGCAGGGCUCAACUCACCCCAGUUCAAUGCUCAGCAGCAGCAGUUUCCAAACAAAGGAGGCUCUAACCAACCGUACAUGCAGCAGGGCAUGUACGGCAGGCCUGGCUACCCUGGAGGUCCUGGGGGAUAUAGCGGGAGUUAUUCUGGAGGCCCAAACUCUUCUCAAGGAGGUAUGGGAUUAAACUCCCACACACGUCCUCCUGGUGACUUCACUCAGCCAGCCGCCGCUGCUGCAGCUGCUGCUGUUGCUGCCGCUGCUGCUACGGCAACGGCCACAGCAACGGCCACGGUGGCAGCUCUGCAGGAAACCCAGAAUAAAGAUAUGAACCAGUAUGGACAGAUGUGUUCUUCGUUCCAAAUGGGCCCUGGACAGGCCUUCAAUAGCCAGUUCAUGAACCAGCCAGGCCCACGAGGCCCCCCUGGAGGUAUGAAUCCAGCCAGCAUGGGAUCAGCCAUGAACAACCCCAAUAUGAGUGGGCCUCCCAUGGGCAUGAACCAGCAUCGAACCCCAGGCAUGGUGCCUUUUGGAGCUCAUGGCCAAAGGAUGCCUCAGCAAGGGUAUCCCGGAGGACCUCGACAGGGCAUGCCCAUGCAGGGGAUGAAGAGGCCAUAUCCUGGGGAGGCAAGUUACGGGGGUCAACAGUAUGGGCCAAAUAAUCAGUUCCCACCACAUCAGGGGCAGUAUCCCACAUCAAACACCUCCAGGCCGCUGCCAUCUCCUAACUACCCCGGCCAGAGGAUGCCAGGGCAGCAGGGCCAAGGACAGUACCCACCUGGCAUGCCCAUGAGCCAGUACUACAAGGUCUGUUACGACACACCAUUCAUCAUCUAUCCAUUUUCUACAACAACUUACUCCUACUCAGGGUCAGAAGGGGGCUGGAGCCCAGCAUGCACUGUGCAAAAGCAAGAGCCCUUCAAUGGUCAGAGCACCAACUUCUCUGGCGGAUACUCUUACGGCCAAGGCAAUGGGCCCUCAAGGCCCGUUAACUACCCCCACUCCCCGGUCCCUGGAAACCCCACACCCCCUAUGACCCCAGGAAGUAGUAUUCCUCCAUACCUGUCGCCAAACCAGGAUGUGAAGCCCCCAUUUCCACCCGACAUGAAACCAAAUAUGACAGCACUUCCGCCCCCUCCAACUAACCCCAAUGAGGAGCUGCGGCUGACGUUCCCAGUCAGGGAUGGAGUGGUGCUGGAGCCAUUCCGCUUGGAGCACAACCUGGCUGUCAGUAACCACGUCUUCCACCUUCGACCCUCCGUCCACCAGACCCUCAUGUGGAGGUCUGAUCUGGAGCUCCAGUUUAAGUGCUACCACCAUGAAGACAGGCAGAUGAACACCAACUGGCCCGCCUCCGUCCAGGUCAGCGUCAACGCCACGCCGCUCACCAUCGAGAGGGGAGACAACAAAACCUCCCACAAACCCCUGCACCUGAAGCAUGUUUGCCAACCUGGUAGAAACACCAUCCAGAUUACAGUCACCGCCUGCUGUUGUUCCCACCUGUUUGUGCUGCAGCUGGUCCACAGGCCAUCUGUGCGAUCCGUCCUACAGGGGCUCCUGAAGAAAAGACUCCUUCCUGCAGAACACUGCAUCACCAAGGUUAAGAGGAACUUCAGCAGUGUUGCAGCCUCGGCAGGCAGCACUACUCUUAACGGGGAGGACGGUGUAGAGCAGACAGCCAUUAAAGUGUCUCUGAAAUGUCCCAUAACCUUCAGACGCAUCCAACUACCUGCACGAGGGCAUGACUGCAAACAUGUCCAGUGCUUUGAUCUGGAGUCCUACUUGCAGCUCAACUGUGAGAGGGGGACAUGGAGGUGUCCUGUGUGCAAUAAAACCGCAUUAUUAGAAGGUCUGGAGGUGGACCAGUACAUGUGGGGAAUCCUCAAUGCCAUCCAAAAUUCAGAGUUUGAGGAGGUCACUAUAGACCCUACAUGUAGCUGGCGACCUGUUCCCAUCAAGUCGGAGCUACACAUCAAAGAGGACCCUGAUGGACCACUUGCCAAGCGCUUUAAGACCAUGAGCCCCAGUCAGAUGACCAUGCCCAAUGUGAUGGAGAUGAUCGCUCAGCUAGGGCCUGGCCCUGGACCUGGCCCUAUACUUGGUCCCAGCCCUUACCCCCCACACCCUAGUCAACAUCCUGGUGGCAGCGGGGGUGAUUACCCUGGAGCAGGCAACAGUUACCACAGCCAAGGGAACUUUGACUUCCCUCACGGGAACUCCUCUGGGGGUGGAGUUGGAGGAGGUCCCCCUAUGAAUGACUUCAUCCAUGGUCCCCAGCUCUCCCAUCCCCCAGAUGGUCCUGGUGGUCUCCUCUCCCAGGACAAGCCCCUUAACCACGGCAUGAAUGAUGCAAUGUCCCAUCCCGAUCAGUCACAUAACUCCAUGCAGCACAGCUUGCAUGCGUCUCCCCACUCUGGCAGCCAAUCAGGGCCACCCUUACAUCACAGUGGCCAGUCAGGGCAGCCCUUGCAUCACAGUGGCCAACCAUCGCAGCCGCCUCGCCAGUCGCACCCUCAGCCUCAGCCGCAGCCUGGGCAGAACAGUCACCACCACAGCGAUCUGAACUUUAACCCCUCCUCAGAUGUGCAGAUGGGUCAGGGAGCCCAGGAUAUGCCUGAACCCUCCCUGGAUCUGCUUCCAGAGCUGGCCAACCCAGACGAGUUACUAUCAUACCUGGACCCUCCAGACCUUCCCGCCAACAGCAACGAUGACCUUCUCUCUCUCUUCGAGAACAACUAGUCCUUAACCUCCCCUAGAAACCCUCCUCCAUUUACAGGAGUCGCGAUGUUUUUGACUGUCCGUCCACAGACACCUCACCGACCUCCUACAGAUACUUCAAGCCGCUUCCUAUGCUCAUGCACGCACACACAUACACAGUUUAUCAAGAGAUAAUGUGUGGCAUAGGAGACGGAUGAAAAGAGGCGCCUGUUUGGGAACUCCAAGGGAGAAUGCAGGAUCGCAACUUAUACCCACACUCCCUUUUUUCCUUGUGUAAAGAUUCCAUGCACCAGUUCCUCCGCCUCUGACUCGAAACACACCAUUUACAGCCAUGUUGGCGGGCACUAAAGUGAUAUUAUAUAUAUACAUAUAUGAUAUUUGUGACUUUUUAAACUGAAAUCUGUGCAGCUAUAAUCAUCAUGUGUAAACAACACAGAGGAGACAGGAGCCUUUGUGGGCUCUAGGAAAAGUGUUAUAGCUUUGUUUUUGUUUUUUUAAUUAUAAUUUUCCUUUUGUGAAAAAAAACAACAUUGUCUUGUAAGAGUGUUUUAUCCUAUUUGAAAUGUGUUCUUCCAAAACCUUGGCACAUGCCAUGCCCCUUGACCCCCAGAUUUCUGUGUGUGUGUGUGUGUGUGUGUGUGUGUGUGUGUGUGUGUGUGUGUGUGUGCGUGUGU